ACUUAUUUGGUAACAAACAUCUUUUUUCUCAUAAUUUUGGAUUUUUUUUUGAGUUAACAUGGAGUUGACACGUGUGUUAAUUCGCACAGUAUUUUUUCGUGUACAUUUUGGGUGUUCCCUUAGAAUUUCCAUGCUACCUUUUCUAAUGUUUUUCUUUGUUCCCUGGGUGGAUGUAGUUACUUUUGGUGUGCCCAAAGUCUUGGGCUUUGUGUGACCGUACGGUCAAAGCGGUGCCCAUUCCAGAGAUCACACAGUCCCAUCUCUCCCAUCUUUUGUCUCAUCUUCUCUCUUCCUCCACACCGUCCCCGCCAUCCUUCCCGGCCCAGCACCUAUUUGGCAUCUCAGCGCGAUCUGGGCGACAGGAGGCCGUCACACCGGCAAGGAAGGCCGGCCACCACAUCGGAGAGUUGCGCAAGCAGGCCGAGCCGUCGAGGACAUCGCGCCGGCAACCGAGGUUAGGCUCCACGGCGGAGGAGGCCGGUGCGGUGCCAGGUCGUGCCGGCGAGCAACAGGUCUGAGCUGCCGGAACAUUGGCGACGGCGGCGGCGUUUCAUACAGGAGCAGAGGGAGAGGGGCUAGGGUUGUCGAACAGCUGCUGUGCCAAGCCGCAGCUCCCGUGUUUAGCUGCGGCAUUUUACGGGCGCACCACGGUGCGGGCUCAAGGGCCGGCCUCUCCCCCACGGAGCCGCGACUCCUGCGUGUUACAGGCGCGCGAAGGCGGGGCUCACGGGCAUGGACACGCUCGACCUCUCGAGCAGAGGCGACGGUGAUUUGAGGUCGCGGCGAUUGCGGCGCGAGACGACGGCGACUAAGGCACGGGACAACUUCGUGUGGCAGAGCGCCCCCCAAUCCAGCAGAGGAGGCGGCGACCUGUGCCAUAGAGCGCCCCACUUCGGUGGCAUCCGAGGCAGAGGCGAUGAGCACGAGGCGGGGAUCGAGGUGGAGGCGGAUAUGCAGGAGGAAGAGGAGGAGGAACCGGAUAUGGAGGAGGAGGAGGCCGAGGGGGAUGGGAAGCACGGCGGCAAAGCGGAGGCCGUCCUGCAAGGUCUGCGGUAGGCGUACUAUUGUUCUU